GUGGACUGGGGGAAGGAAGUCAGGAUUGAAGUACGGCCGGGAGGAAGAAAAUAAGAGGAUAUAUAUCGCGGUGAUGGACGAACUAAACCAAUGGCGUUCACAUCCGGACCCCGAGGACGAGUUGGCAUACAUGUACGGGCAGCAAGACGAGCACGCCGGGAUGCAACAGCAUUUCGCCGAGCGGCUCCCCGAGCAGCAGCAGUACUACGCACCGCCGACACCAAUGGCGCCGCCCAGGCCCAACCCGAUCUAUCCUUCCCAACCGCACCAGCAGGCGGGCUCCAGUUUCCCAGCAGGCUUCGGAGUCCCGGCAUUGCCCAUCCAACCAUUCGGAGCGCUGGCGGUCAACAGUGAGCCAGGGCAGCCGUCGUCGUCGUCGAGCAUCCUCUCCUUCGGCGGGCAGCCUCCUAGCACGCUCAACUUCUCCGGAGGAGACUGGCCGGACGGCAUCGAAGCGGUGCAGCAGCAGGUGCCGGAGAGGCGGAUCCGGGCGCACUGGAACACGCAGGAGCACGUCAUCGCCGAGCGCAAGCGGCGCGAGAAGCUGCAACAGCAGUUCGUGGCGCUGGCCACCAUCGUCCCGGACCUCACCAAGACAGACAAGAUAUCUCUUCUAGGAAGCACCAUCGAGUAUGUGAAACAGCUCGAGGACAAGGUGAAGACAUUAAAGGGACAAAGCGCGUGGAGGACGUCCGAUCCCACUGUCUUUGAGAACAAGUGUCGUAUAUCAAAUGAGAAUAAUAGUGACGGCUCAGGUUCCAGCGGGAGCGCCUUCGGUGCUGGUGGUGGGUUCAGCCCGACCGUUGAGGCGAGCAUCCAUGGCGACACCGUCCUGCUAAAAAUAUGGUGCAAGGAGGGAAGAGGAGUGCUGGUGAUGAUCAUCUCCGAGCUUGAGAACCAGGGCCUCUCUAUCAUAAACACCAGUGUUCUACCGUUCACAGACUCGUGCCUCAACAUCACCAUCACGGCAAAGAUUGCAGAAGGGUUUUCGACCACAGUUGAGCUCGUAAGGAAACUGACCUCGGCUCUCAGAGGCUUCAGUACUUGAGACGGGAAAGAAAAUUGAGUAUCAUGAAAAUGUAAAUGGAUAAUCCUUGUGUUUGAUUUGGAUGUUAUGAUAUUUAUUCUUCUUCUUUUCUUUAGUGGGGCAGAGGGGUGAAGCAUGUUUGAAAUGAAACUCAUGUGCAAAAUCAUCUCACAUUUUUUCUAGUAGUACAGUCGCCAACUCACAGUUUAG